GAUCCCUGGCUUCCUCCGGAGUUCAUCUCAACACUGCCUGAAAUUACACAUGAGAAACCUCCACAGGGCUUCUGCCCAGCCCUUGGGGUGGAGGUUACAGAGCCUUAGAGGAGGGGCCGUCCCUGCAGCCCCCAGGCCCCCCUUCCCUCACCUCUAGCCUCCCCAUCCCCCACCCCUGCUGGGUGGGAAGUCGGUUGGCUCAGGCUGCCCCAGGCCACCAGCCCUACAAGUUAAUGAUCACAGGCCUUAUCAGAGCCUUUUGCCAUUUAUAAAUUUAUAAAACAAAAGAGAAAUAAUAAAGCCUGUGGGUAAUUAGUAACCAGGUCAGCUCUGCUGAGGAGAGGGGAGGCAUUGGGCUCAGACCCACUGAGAUCUCUGGGAGCUGGGGAGCCAGCCAGGGGGUGGGCGUGCAGAGCAGGGAGGCCCCUGGUGAGGUAGGGGCCUGAGGCUGUGCUGGAAAGGGGAGCACUUCCCGCCCUGAAGAAUCUGUUUCCCUCAGGAGACUGCGAGCCACCUGCAGCUGUUUGCACAACUUUGAAUCCAUUAACUGCUGCGUCCCCGGCUGCCAGGUGGCUGAGCCGGUGACUCUGGGACUGAAGGUUAAGGAAAUGACGGAUGACUGGGGGCUGCAGUGGGGAGUCAUCACCUGAACUGGAAAGGCCAGCAUGAUUAGAGGGGCCUAUUCCCUGGUGGAUUCCAGUCAGGUGUCUACAUUUCUGAUUUCCAUUCUGCUUAUAGUCUAUGGUAGUUUCAGGUCCCUUAAUAUGGACUUUGAAAAUCAAGAUAAGGAGAAAGACAAUAACAGUUCUUCUGGGUCUUUCAAUGGCAACAGCACCAAUAAUAGUAUCCAAACUAUUGACUCUACCCAGGCCCUGUUCCUUCCAAUUGGAGCAUCUGUCUCUCUCCUAGUAAUGUUCUUCUUCUUUGACUCAGUUCAAGUAGUUUUUACAAUAUGUACAGCAGUUCUUGCAACAAUAGCUUUUGCUUUUCUUCUUCUCCCGAUGUGCCAGUAUUUAACAAGACCCUGUUCACCUCAGAACAAGAUUUCCUUUGGUUGCUGUGGGCGUUUCACUGCUGCUGAGCUACUAUCGUUCUCUUUGUCUGUCAUGCUCGUCCUCAUAUGGGUUCUCACUGGCCAUUGGCUUCUCAUGGAUGCCUUGGCCAUGGGUCUCUGUGUCGCCAUGAUCGCCUUCGUCCGUCUGCCCAGCCUCAAGGUCUCCUGCCUGCUGCUCUCAGGGCUUCUAAUCUACGAUGUCUUUUGGGUGUUCUUCUCCGCCUACAUCUUCAAUAGCAACGUCAUGGUGAAGGUGGCCACACAACCGGCUGACAAUCCCCUUGACGUUCUGUCCCGGAAGCUCCACUUGGGGCCCAAUGUUGGGCGCGAUGUUCCUCGCCUAUCUCUGCCUGGAAAACUGGUCUUCCCCAGCUCCACUGGCAGUCACUUCUCCAUGUUGGGCAUUGGAGACAUCGUGAUGCCUGGACUCCUGUUGUGUUUUGUCCUUCGUUACGACAACUACAAAAAGCAAGCCAAUGGUGACUCCUGCAGUGCCUCUGGGCCCGCCAACAUCUCUGGACGCAUGCAGAAGGUUUCCUACUUUCACUGCACCCUCAUUGGCUACUUUGUAGGUCUGCUCACUGCUACUGUGGCAUCUCGAAUUCACCGAGCAGCCCAGCCCGCCCUUCUCUAUUUGGUGCCAUUUACCUUAUUGCCACUCCUCACAAUGGCCUAUUUAAAGGGUGACCUACGGCGGAUGUGGUCUGAGCCUUUCCACUCCAAGUCCAGCAGCUCCCGAUUCCUAGAAGUAUGAUGGAUCACAGAGAGUGACCAGAUGGCUUCUAAGUCCUUUUCUGUCAACUCGUGGUUUUGUUUCCUCUUAGAGCUGGCCUGGUACUUGGAGAUGUACCUGUCUAAGGACUGCUGUGUGACCGGAUUUUGCAUUUGCAGGAGCGAGGUGCUGGAGCCCUGUGUGGUUCUUUCUCUUCCCGCCGUUGGAGUGGUGGAGCCCCUCCUGAAAGGACAGGCCCUCCCUAGCGCUCCUUCCUCCCCCAUUUUUAUGGAUCUGCACCAGACUGUUACCUCUGGGGGAUGGAGAUGUGACUGUUGAAACUGACACCGGCAAGGAGUCGUUCUGUACCUUUGAACACUAAAAGGAUGAGAAACAUUAGCAAACUGGUUUCUUCAGUGAACCCUCAAGAACUUUGGGACCAGUUUCCUAUGGGGGACUCAGUUUCAGAGAACUGAGACAGAAGCUCUUCUGUCGUUAUAUUCUUUCCUUUUUUUGGAUUUAUUAAAUAUUUUCUGUGGUGUGAAGUGACUUAUUAAAUCCACAGACAUUGAGUGACUUCUUACAACAUACACACAAGAAUCUGUUGUAAUAAGCUCAUGUCCACCCGGAUAUGUUGGCAGUGAACAGGGGCACGGUUUUUAUACAUACAUACCUACACACACAUGCACAUAGAUAUAUAUGAACAAACGAAAAUUAAAACCUGCUAAGAUCAUGCUGUGUAGCAGACAGGGGCUUGCUGUAAUUUUUAGCAUGUAGAGCAGUUCACUCUGGCUUCCUUGUAUAUGGGUCAGCUGCUGUCUUUCCCUCCACAACCGAACGUGCAGUUAAAGACCAGUAUAGUAUUUGUACUGAUAUAUUCAUGGACUUUAGGGGGGGCUGUCAUUUGGUUUUGAUCAGUGUAGCAAAUUAGGGAUGAAAAGUUAAAACUUUUUGGCCCUUUUUUUUGUUUUUACAGGCUUCUCCCUUGCAGGGCUUUGGUAGUUUCUUCUUGAACCAAUGCAUGUAUUAUAGCAGCAGGUGUCUUUGUGCUUUCUGAUCAUAGUAAUGUACUACUUGUAAAUACAUUUUUCUAUUUUCUAUU